AUGAAUUAUAGCCCAUUUCUCAAAUUGCUUCUAGUCUUCGUCCUCCACUGCGAGAGGAGAGCCAUAGAUGAAAGGAUUGUUCUGGCUGGCAGAAGCUGCACCAAUCUCCCAGGAAUGUCAGUCUGGAUUUGUCUUUUCUCCCAGUUCUCAGAUUGGGGGUGCAGUGCAGCCCUGCCCUGUGUAUCUCCUAGAAGGGAAGAAAUGAGAAAAGUAUGGAGCUCGGGCCGGAGCAGCCUCCCGCUCCGAGCGCCGACGGGCAAAUGGCUCCACAGCCCAUUCCCGGGGUUUAAAUCCGCUCGGCCCCGCCCCGCGCAGCCGCGCUGGGGCCCCGCGCACCUGUGCGGCCCCGCCCCUCACACCUGUGCGGCCCCGCCCCUCACACCUGUGCGGCCCCGCCCCUCACACCUGUGCGGCCCCGCCCCUCACACCUGUGCGGCCCCGCCCCUCACACCUGUGCGGCCCCGCCCCUCACACCUGCGCGGCCCCGCCCCUCACACCUGUGCGGCCCCGCCCAUAAAUGCCGGCGGAUCCGCGCCGCUCCGCUCACUGUGGGGGAUGCUCGUCCCGGGUGCGGCCGGACUGGCGCUCGGAGCGCUGCGCGGAGCCCGAGGUGCUGAGAAGAACUGGGCAGGACAAGUCCUGAGGGCUCACUUGGUCCAUGGCCAAAGCUCUGGAGAGUGUCAGGGCUGUCCAGCCUGCAGAGGGGCGUUUCCUGCAGAUGCCCUGGUGACACAGGGAGGUCCCUGUGCCCCCAGUGCCUUUCUGCUGCCCCUCUGCCCUUGUCCCACACAGCAGGGCACAAAGGGAAAGUGCAUCAACGAGAAGUCCUGGGUCAGUUCUUGUUCCAUGCUUGCCAGUGACCUCGAGACAGAAAGGGGUCACUGCACUCACUCCAGGGUACGUGGAGCAAGUGGAGAGACGUCAUGGCUUCCCUGGGAUCUUUUCUCCUUUGACCCUUGCAGGCAGUGACUGGGAAAUGGUGGGCAGGUGCAGUUUGAUGGCAGCGUGGGCAUCCCACUUCAAGGCUUCCUUCUGCCACGCCAACAAAACCCUCUGGGUGUCGGUGUCCGUGCUGGUGCUGCUGGCUGCUCUCACCAGCUUCCUGACGGGGCUGUCCCUGCAGAGGCCAGCAGAUGCAGCCCCUGUGGGCACUGGGGACUCCUGGACAUCCCUGCAGCAGCUGCUGUGGCCCUACACAGGGCUGCAGCACCACGGCCCUCCCCCGGUAUAACCCAGCCCUGCUGCAGGACAGGAGAGAGGCUGGCAGCACUGCAGGCUACAUGCUGGGUUUGUAUUGCUGGUUGAGGGUUUUUUUUGGGGAGGAGAUGAAUUUUUUUUCUUUAAAGCAUGACUUGAAAACAAAAAAGUGUAUUUUUUUUCCAUUCUGAUAAAAGUAGUGUUUAAAAGUAGCUAAAAGGGUCUCAGUUCUACUGAGGUUUACAAUAGAACAGCAAUUUUGUUCUACAAAACAUGUCUAGGUGGUCUAAUCACAAUUGAACAAAGCAUUUAUUUUGCUUGAGCAAAGAUAAAAUGUUUGCAUUUUAGAUCCUGUUUCAAUUAUUUGAAUAGAAAAGGAUUUACAUUUCAAGUCUUAACUUUAUUGAAAGCUUUUGAUAAUAAAGUUUU